CUCAGUUAAAGUGUUCAUUUCAUGAUUGUUGUACAACUUGUACCUGUUCUACCAGACAGCAUUGUUAAUGCUCAGAGUUGUUAAUGAAACAUGAUCUGGAGCUCUCAGUGCUGACAAUUUAAGAUAAGCAGAAAAUGGCAAAUGCAGGAUAUUUGUUGACAUACAGCAAAAUUGCUAUGUAUUUUAAAAGAGAUAUGGCACGGCUUAUGUCAACUGCUCAACCACUGAAACCUCACAAGGCCAAGUCUAAAAUCAACAGAAAAACAUUUUUUGUGGAUUUCAAAAAAGUGAAAGUGACAGGUGGAACAGGAGGUAAUGGAGUUAUGUGUUUCACUAGUGAAAAAAAUAAAGAAUUUUGUGGUCCUGAUGGAGGAGAUGGGGGAAAUGGAGGCCAUGUUGUUCUCAAAGCAUCCAAGGAUAUAAGGUCCCUUAACCAUCUACAAACAGUUAUAAAUGGUAACACUGGUGUCAAAGGACGGUCCAAGAAUUGCCAUGGAAAAAAUGCUGAACAUUUAUAUGUUAAGGUUCCUCAGGGUACAAUAGUCAGGAAUGAAGAAGGAAAGAUGUUGACAAGUCUUGAUGAAGAACAUGAUUACUAUAUUGCUGCAAGGGGUGGAUCUGGUGGGCGGGGCAACAGGUUUUUCUUAACAGACACAAACACAGCACCGGCAAAAGCUGAGUUGGGUGCGGAAGGAGAGAGUAGACAAUUGAUGCUUGAACUAAGGAUAAUGGCUAAUGCAGGAUUGAUUGGCUUUCCAAAUGCUGGAAAGUCCACACUUUUGAGGGCUAUUUCUAGAGCUAAACCAAAGGUUUCACCCAUUCCAUUUACUACAAUGAAUCCACAUAUUGGUAUGGUUGGUUAUGAUGAUUACAUACAAAUAGCAGUUGCAGAUAUUCCAGGUUUGAUUAAAGAUGCACACAAAAACCGUGGACUUGGAAUUUCAUUUUUGCGCCAUAUUGAAAGAUGUGCUUGUUUAUUGUAUGUUAUUGAUUUAUCAGUGAGUGAACCAUGGACACAGUUAAAUGAUCUGAAAUAUGAACUUGAUCAGUAUAAACCAGGACUAUCAGCAAGACCUCAUGCAGUAAUUGGUAAUAAGAUAGAUCUUCCAGGAGCAAAGGAUAAUUUGAGAGAAUUGACUUUAGCCAUAAAUUUGCCUGUAUUUCCAGUAUCAGCAAAACAUAGAAUAGGAAUUGAUUCGUUAUUGACACAUUUAAGAUAUAUGUAUGAUAAAUAUGGAGCGAAAGAAGACAUUGAGGAAGAUUCUACUCUGGUGACAUGAAAUUGUAAUGUGAUGUACUCCAAAUUUAUUGAUCAUAAUUUUAUAUUUUGUUAUAUAAGUUUUAAAUUAGCUUGCAAUCUUCUACUAUGCUAUUUGUCCUGAGGUAAAUUUGAAGAAUUUAAAUAUACAACUCACUUUAGCAUGACUAAUGGUAGUCAAUGGUUACUAAAGUAAUGCUUGUUACAGUAUACUAUUAACUCCUAUGUUGUAUGUGAGCUGGAAUUUCAAGGUCAAGUAGGAUAAACGGUACUGUAGUUCCAUCGGAAGAACAGAGGAGUAAUUCGGUUUAACUUAAGAAGUAAAUCGGUUUAUAUGUACAUAAGUUGACAGACUAUCAGGUCGACAAGUGUGAAAGUCGACAUGUUGAAAGGUCAACAAGUGAAAAGGUCUACAGGUCGACAGGUUGACAGGUUGACAACUUGACAGGCUGACAAGUUUAAUUUUACAAUUCAGUUUUUUAACCUUUUUAUUAAGUCUUGACUUAUAACUGUCUACCUGUUGACUUUCGACCUGUCAACCUGUUAACCAUUAUUACAGUUUUCAUUUCUCACUGUCAAAUUGUCAACCUGUGGACUUGUCGACCUGUCCACCAGUCAUCAAUAAUACACUAUUUAAAUUCUUUCAAAUUGUCAACCUGUCAACUUGUCAACCAUAACUUCAAUUUUAAUUAUAUUAAAUUUUCAACUUGUCAACCUGUCAACCUGUCGACAUGUCAACCAGUCAACCAUAAAAAUAUUUACAUUUUAACAUUGUCAACUUGUCGACUUGUCAACCUGUCAACCAUAAAAAUAUUUACAUUUUUAACACUUGUCAACCUAUCAACAUGUGAACCUGUUUACCAGUCAUUUAUUUUUUUUCAUUGUAUAAUUAGAAUACCUUUAUUGCCCAUGAAUACAUACACAUUUAAAUUUAUUAUAAAAGCCAGAACUAUAGUACUGUAUAUCCUACUUGAGCUGAAUUUCAUUGGUCAACCUCACAAAAACAGUAAACUGAACACAUCAAUAAAUCUUAUUUUGUAAA